UGUCGCUGACACGAUGACUUUGGUAGUCAAUUGCUGAAAUAAGCUUAUCUGAAAAAGGCAUAUAAAAUUAAACAAAUAAUCAGUUAGUCGAUGCGUAUAAAUCUAAACUGAAAUCUAUAUCUACAAAAUGGCAAGUAAAUCUCUGUCCGCUGGGACUGAUUACACGAGCACAAUCCUUCAUUCAAUCAGAGAAAUGACAGAAACUUCUGACUUUACAAUCAAAGUUACCGGACAAUCAUUCCCAGUUCAUCGCAAUGUAAUAACAGCUGCAUCAAGCUAUUUUAGAGCGAUGUUUUCAAGCAACAUGAAGGAAGCCCAGCAAGGUUUUGCUGACGUAAAAACUGUAAAGCCUGCUAUAAUGGAGAAGUGUAUCGACUUCAUGUAUACUGGUGAAGUCAAAGUUCAAAUGGACGAGAUUCAAGGUAUUCUGCAUGCAUCGAGCCUACUACAGUUGGAUUCAUUAACUGAACUUUCCUUCGAAUAUCUACAAAAAAAUCUCUCGGUGAACAAUUGCCUUGUGGCGGCAUACCUAGCUAAACUUUAUGAUCGAGUUAAUUUACUGAACACAGCCGAACAAAUAGUUUAUGAUAAAUUUGAUGAAGUGGUUUCUACAGACACUUUUGCAGCCAUUUCAUGUGAGGACAUAACUCGUUAUCUUUCCAAAGCAAAUGCGAAUCAUGAAAUAAAAUGGAAGGCAAUAGUUACAUGGCUCUCAAUUCGACAAGAAGAAGUGGAACGUGUUCUGCCAACGCUAUUGAAUUCGAUCAAAAACAUCUCGGUCAAUUUUUUUCUUGAAACGAUUCUUAAUGAAUCAAUGAUGUUCAGAAAGAAACAGUUAGUUCAUUUUAUAGUUGAUCGUUUAUUAUCAAGCAUUGAAGAAAUUAUAAAGAAUAUCAGUCUCGAAAACUUCAUGAAUUUGAGAAAAAUCUUGAAUACACAAAAGAUAAAAAUAGAAGGACAAGUUGUAAAGGUCAUGAAUGACUUCAUGGCGGAAAAUUUUGAGCAGCUUGCCGAGAGACAUGAUUUCGCCGAGUUAAAUGAAGAAGAAAUAUUUUUUUUGUUUCGAUCCCCGAAAAUUAAAUGUUCGUCCGAGAGAAUCAAGUGGUAUGCAGCUUUGAAAUGGUCCAAGAAUCAUCCAAACGAGAAAAAAGUAUUUCCAAAAUUAUUCAAAUUAAUGAAACUUCAUGAUCUUUCAUUGGAUUUCAUCGGGAAAGUUGUUCGAACUGAACCACUUGUCAGGAAUUCUCAUGAAUGUACCGUUAUGUUGAUGGAUGCAUUCUCUGCGCACGGAAGCGUUUCAAAGCAUCCCAGCUCUGUUGAAUCACCCACGAAAGUUCCAAGUCAGCAUAUUGUCUUUUUAAACAAAAAAAAUGGUCAAGUUAAUGCUUGGAGCAUUAUGAACAAAACUUGGCAUCGACUACCCAAAGUGAAAUUAGGCGAAGACAUGCAGAUUGUUAAUGUCAACAACGAUCUGUAUGUAUCGAGCGAAUCUGAAUUAUUUCACUGGAAAGAGGAUACAUUCUGGUCAAGGAAGUCUUAUAUAAGAGACAAAUCUGGAUAUUGUAAACUCGUCGCUUGUCAAGGCAACUUAUAUCUAGUGCAGCGGUACAACAUGCAGUGCUAUGAUUCUAUCCGUAAUAAUUACAAAAACAGUUUACCAGGAUGUGUAUUAGGUUAUGGGUUUUGUGCGGUAGCAACAAGAGCGUGCAUUUAUGCCAUGGGCGGACUCCAUACAGAUCAAAGAGCAGAAAAAUUUAACCCAGUCACAAAAACUUGGUCAAGACUUUCUCCAAUGCUAAAUCCAAGGCACCACGCUGCAGCUGUUGAAUUCAAUGGAAAAAUUUAUGUUAUCGGAGGCGAGGAUGGAGAGUGUAUAUCGAACUCCGUUGAAAGUUACAACUUCGAAACCAAUACAUGGACGGAAGUAGCAAGUAUGUGCGUUCCUCGAUGGGAUCUCUUCGCCGUUGCGGACGAUAAAAACAUAUUUGCAGUAGGGGAGAAUGCUGAUGGCUCGACCAAUUCUGUUGACGUCUAUGAUCCGAAUUCAAACCAUUGGUCAUUUACAAGAAUAGAUGGGAUUGCAACAAAAAGUUUGCUUACAGGCUGUGUUUGCCAUAUGUAAAAUAUUACAAUUAAACAAAUCUAUGCAGAACAUAAUCCAUCCCAUAACUCAGUUCGUUACUGGUUCUUAAUGUAAUGGGCCAAGUGGGGCGGGACUGUUUGUUCCUCGGCUCUGGCCUUCAUAUGUAUUCUGAAAAUGUGAUUUAACAUAGGAAGUUGCUGAAGAGUUGCUUUUAAUAACCUCGUAGUUCAUUUUCUAUCUCACAUUGAUUAGUUAACAUAUCUCCUAAUGUGAUAAAUAGUUCUGAAAACUGCAUAAAUAUACAUUACCAAAUUAAAUGUGUGUUUCUUGAGCUUAUCCGCUUAUUUAAUAUCUACUAUAUACAUUUUGCGGUGUCAAUUUCUUAACUUAAUACGUAUUUUUCCGUGGGCUGGCGCGCAUAUCAUUUAAAUCGUGAGGUUGUUAUAACUGCAGAUCGGACAAUAUUUUCUCGCUUGAAUAAUGACAUUUUAUAUGCUGUACACGUGCGCCAAUCAGGUUAAUGUGAUUUUAUUCCUAAUUCACACCUUCUUCUACCGUGUUUCCCCGAAAAUGAGACCUACAUAGUCUGAAUUUUGAAAACGAUUUUAAUAUAAGCCCUCUCCUUUCGUUAAAAUAAGACCUAAUGACGCG